AGAAGUCACAUCUCUCGUUCCAGCAUUCAGGUACGACGAGGAGCGCUAUAAAUAAGGAAUAUUGAUAUUUUUCACGUACAAGUUUGUUACCGAGUAUAACUAGUGACGUUGAGUGAAUUUGGGUAAUAUGGUGGUACUCGAAGUAGGGUUUAAGGUUUGUGAAAGUAGUGAGUGUUUGGCGUCGGUGCCGCCAUCUUUGUUUACUGCUGAAGCAAGAUGGCGGCCCCGCGUCCCCCCCACCGCCAACCGUCAGCAGUUUUCAAAUAUUUGGCGGGUUAAGGUUAAGCUCCCGCCAAAAGUAAUCCUUAUGGAUGAGAGUGCGAGAGAGGACAGGUGGACACAAGUGUACCAGUCAGUGACCGACCAACACCAGCUCUUCCUCUUCCUGUGCCGUUACCAAGGUGAAUCAUGGCCCGUACAAAGCAAACAGCCCGUAAGUCCACUGGAGGCAAAGCUCCAAGGAAGCAGCUGGCUACUAAGGCUGCUCGUAAGUCAGCACCUUCCACCGGAGGUGUAAAGAAGCCCCAUCGUUACCGCCCCGGUACUGUGGCCCUCCGAGAAAUUCGUCGUUACCAGAAAUCCACAGAAUUGCUGAUCCGCAAAUUGCCCUUCCAGCGACUUGUUCGUGAAAUUGCACAGGAUUUCAAGACGGAUCUGCGUUUCCAGAGUGCUGCUAUCGGUGCCCUGCAGGAAGCUUCGGAGGCCUACCUUGUUGGCUUGUUUGAAGACACCAACUUGUGUGCUAUCCAUGCCAAGCGUGUCACCAUCAUGCCCAAGGAUAUCCAGCUCGCCCGACGAAUCCGUGGCGAGCGUGCUUAAGCACAGUUUUACAUAUGUGCUCACUCAAGACAUAACCUCCUAAGCUACAUACUGCCAUGGACAAAGUGAAUGUUUUUAGUUUACGUUUCGGCAAGUGUCAUUUUUUUUUAAUUGACUUCGCAGUGCAGUGCUGGCAUGAGCGACUGGCACAAGUUUUUUACUGUAAGAUAAGUGAGCAACUUUUACUGCUCAUUAGUGGGAAAUUGUGACACAAGAGUUUCUAAUUUAUUAUGUGUGUACAGCAUUGUACAGAACUGUGUAUUCAAUCGACAUACUUUUCGUUUAUUCAUGUGUAAAUUUUAGUGGAAAAAAAAAAGUCGGUGAUAUGAAGACUUUGUAAAGAAUACACAGGUCUGGUGUAGGUUAUGUGAUCACAAAUAAUAUUCCAAAGUACAAGAAAUCGUCAGUUUUCUGGUCCGGGAGCAAAUCUGUCAUAUUUGUAUUGUCGAUGUCACGGUCAUCUCGUGUUCAUGAUCUUAUUUAGUUAGUAGUGGGAAAGCCUUUUUAUUACCUUUUAAUUUUAAGUCUUAAAGUCUGUCUCUUUCCAUUUGGUGAUGCGUGCUUCUCAUGUGAAAUUUAUCCCGCAUCACCCUGUAUAAGUUCUUGAUAUCAGUCUCCUCACUGUAGAUUGAAACCAAAAAUAAACUUCUAACAUUUA